GGUUAAGUUUCCUCCGGGGCGCAUUUGUGCUGCACAGCGGUGUAUGACAGUUUGUAAACACAUUCAGGGAUGCUGAAUGUGCUGUUCCGGCAUUGGCCAGAGGUGAUGUAAUACCCUCUAAAUAAUGCAUGGCCUUAAGAAAGUGAAAGACCAUGAGCCAGAAAGCACAGGCAGAGGAAAUCGAUGUCAGUGUGAGUGAGAGGGAAACCUGCAAGAGUCUGGGCAGAAGACAGCAUCACAUGAAAAGAAAUAGUAACAGACAGUGGAGAACCUCACCCCAGUACAACGAGAUGAUCUGACCACAUCCAAACCCAGGAUGUUGAAGCCUUGGGUGGACCAUUGCUCCUUGCACCACAUUUCAGUCCCUUUCAUUGAGAUAUUGCUGCCACCUGACUUGAAUGCAUGCAGCACCUAGGCUAAACAGCACUAUGAUGGGAUUGAACCAUUCUUAGCCACCACUUUCCUUAAAACAACAGAGACAGCAACUGUUGGCACAUCAAGUCAUGCCUUGUUAACAGUGUCUGGAACAGAUUCCAGCAUUCGAGGAAAGCCGGUUUUGCCAGGCUUCUUCUUGGGCCUAGAUGGCAGAUGGUUCAUCUUUGUGGCCUUGAGGCCUGUGGAUCCGCUCCUUCCGAAGUUCACAAGUAAAAGGAAACCAUCCCCCUUCUCUGUCUCUCCACCUUUUCUCUGGUGCAUAGACUGUGGAGGUGAUGGAGGGAUCAGAGGUUGAGGACAUCAGUCCAGCCCUUGAGGCGACAGAGGACUACCUGCACUGCUUGGACAGUGGUCACGAAGCUGGACAAGUUUGCCCUCCUAAACUAAAAGAGGUGUCGACUCUGGACAAGUUGAACUCCAGUGGGGUGUGGGGGUUGCUGACUGGGGAGCAGCCAGAGAUAUCGUCUCACAACCUAGCCUGGGCUGAGCAAACUUCCUUCAGUGUGUUGGGCCUAAAGAACGGGAAGAGGAACCGAGCCCGCUCUACCAAUGAUUUGGCAGCCCAUGCCAAAGAGACCAACUCCACCAGUUCAUCCAGUGGGGGCUUCAAACGAGGGCACAACAGAUCACGGUCAGAUGUCAACUACCGGACAUACACCGAUAACGGUGUUCCAGCCAUUGACAAGAACACGCUUAAGAACAUGGCAUUAAAUGAUCAAAUGGAAGGUAAUAAGGAGAGCACCACUAGUCUGGUAAAACAGGGGAUUUUGGAGCACAGGGAGGGUCCUUGGGGCCGGUGGAAUACCUGCCAUGUGGAGCUCACACCAUGCGAGCUGCGGGUCUACAGCCUGGACAGCAGCGGGAACAGGCAGCUGUGUACAGCCCUGUCACUGUCUCACUGCCAGAGCGUGGGUGCGCCUCAGCCUCAGGAUGGGCGCGUGCUACAGGCACUUUUCUUCAACAGCACUCGGUUGCAGCUCCGUGCUCCCUGCCAGUGGGAGGCUCUGGAGUGGCGCCGACUCCUUUGGGAGCGUGUCCUGGUUGCCCGUCCAACUCAUCGUCAGGGCGAACAGUUGUCUGCUGCUUCUACAAAUGAACUGGAUCCCAAUGUGGUCCCUUUGCCAACCUCCCGUCCACUAGUUCGUCCCAAGGCCCUGCCUCUAUUCACCCAGCACUGUGCUGAUGUGCUGAAAGUAGGCCUCUUGUACCAACUCAGUGACCUCAACAACUGGAGCGCCUUCACCUUUGUGCUCAGCCGCACCCAACUGCAGGCCUUCCAAACCGAGGGCCGAGGGCCGGUGUGCGAGCCCGUGCUGCGGUACUCUCUUGCCUCCUGCUUGGCUGUGCAGCGGGAUGAGGCUGACGGAGGAGUCUGCGCCCACUUCCAGGCCAUCUUCUCGGAUGAAGUGUUGCGUCUGCGUGCUGAGAGUGAACCCCAGGCCCAGGACUGGGUGGAGGCCCUGCGCACAGCUGUGGCUGCCCAGAGACCUCAAGGGGAGAGCAGCCGUAUAGCGCCAUCUGGAGUGCUAAUGAGGAGCAGACCAGCACGGGAACGUCGCCAAAGGGAGGCCCAGAGAGCCAAGCGCCAAUCUGUUACAACAAGCUUUCUGAGCAUUCUCACUUGUUUGGCUGUAGAAAAAGGCCUGACUGCUCAAAGCUUCAGAUGUGCAGGAUGUCAGAGACCAGUGGGUUUGUCACGAGGCAAGGCCAAGGUUUGCUGCUACAGUGGAUGGUACUAUUGCCAGAGCUGCCACCAGGACAACCUCUUCCUUAUUCCUGCUCGACUGCUGCAUAACUGGGACACAAGCAAACACAAGGUAUCCAAACAAGCUAAGGAGUUCUUGGAGUUUAUAUAUGAGGAGCCCUUGCUGGAUGUGCAGCAGUUGAACCCAGGCCUCUACGAACACUCUGAACCUCUAGCUGUUGUGCUAAAGUUGCGGCAGCAGCUCAAGUCUCUCAGGGCUUACUUAUUCAGCUGCCGUGCCACAGUAGCCGAGGACCUACGCCGCAGGAUUUUUCCAAGGGAAUACCUGUUACAGCACAUCCACCUGUACUCUCUGGCUGACCUCCAGCAGGUAAUAGAUGGGAAACUGGCUCCCUUCCUCUCCAAAGUAAUUAAGUUCGCCAGUUCCCACGUGUACAGCUGCAGUCUGUGUCGAGAGAAGGGCUUCAUCUGUGAGCUCUGCCACAACGGCCAGAUCCUCUACCCUUUCCAGGAGAAUGCCACCAAGAGGUGCGAGGGAUGUGGAGCGGUGUUCCACACUGAGUGCCGGAUGCGUGCCCAGCCUUGUCCUCGCUGCGUUCGUCGAGAGCUGCACAAGAAACCAUCUUCAUUCUGGAAGAAGCACAACCACAGCGAGAGCCCCGACGACGACUGCUGCUUCGAGCUGGACACCUGAGCCAAAGCACUGAGAGCAAGGGAGCCUCCCUCCCAGCUAGGCUGCUCCAGCAAGCUUGUUUUACUGACCACCAGCCAACUGCUGCUGAGUCUCUGCAUGUGUGCAUCCACGAGUGACCACACUCUGUGGGCCCUGUGGAAGAGCUCUGUGUUUGUCGACAAGGAACAGAAGGGUCUUAUUGUUUUGGUUUUUCAAUCGACUCUCUCUCUCUCUCUCUCUCUCUCUCUCUCUUUACUUCUCUCCUCCUCUCACCUGAGAUAGGAUACACGCAGACAAUACUUCAGUCCCUGAAGAGGAGAGGUUUCAUAAUGAUACCAAUUUGCCCUCUCCUUUCAUCUACCAAAUGACAGCCGGGCCAACCGGCAAAUGCGGAACCGAGUGGAGUACUCUCUCAUACUAGCGUGUAAACACACUCUAGCAGUCUGAUACAAAAUAAUGCAGUCUCUGGAAAUCCAAGGCCAAAUCAUUGUCUCUGCACAACAGAGCAUCUAAUCCAUUAAUGGCCACGCUACAAUCGGAUGUUGAAAAUCACAUGUAGGAGAAAAGUCUUAGAAGUUAUUAUUCAACCUAUAGACUCAACAUGAACAUCCACAUUACACUUGACUGUCUUCCUCACUGCAUUCCUGCACAACCUCUGUGAGCAGUCUAUUUAGUAAAGGCAAAGAAUUUAACGUGUUUUUUGCACUGUUUAGCUGACUACAGUGGGGAAAGCUUGGUGCCAUAAUUACCACUGGACAAAGGACUAAGCCUUGGGGAAGCCCCUGUUUUUUUUAGAGCAGUUUAAGGAAAAUAAUCUCACGCACCCAAAACAUGCACAAUGGUUUGGACUCCUGUGAAGUUCUUGGAUUAUUCUAGUCAAAAUCAAUGCUCAGAGAGGUUGGCAUCUCAUCCUGUACAGCUGGAACUGAAGUUUAUCACUGCUCAAUGCCACUGCCUAUAUGCAGCUGAGCCACGGUCCCUUUGCCAACCGCUGGCUUUUUGAUUACAAACUACCCUCGGCCACAAGGUCCCAAAUUAUAGUCCAGAGCGCUGGGGCUUUGUUUAGCACUGGUAGACCCAGUUCAACAAGCAUCGCAGAGAAAACCCGCCCGCUGACGGGCUCGUUACUCACGUUGUCCACCCCUACCGCAGGUUUGGAUCCAUAUCAGUCGCUCAACUCACUGGGUGUGCGUUCACACUCCAUUUUCCGGCUACUUGAACUAAGCACUGGCAAUAAUAUCACUCAUUUUGCUUUUUGCUGCCUUAUUUGACCUCUUGGUUCUCAUCGUCUUUUCCAAAGGGACAAUGCUUUGACAAUGCACAAUGACACAUGCUUUUGCCUGAAUUUCAUUUUUCCCCCUAUGCAAAUUAGAUAGGCUAAGUGACCUUUUUCUUGUGCUAAAAAAAAUUACCCAAACUUCUUAUUCUCACUAUUUACCACAUUUGUUUCCUUCUGCAAACAUGGAGGCGAGGUCAGGAUCAGCUUUCAGCUCCUCUCCAGACACCGUACCAGCAACACAGAAGCUCUCAGUGUAAUUUUUUUUUCAGAUUCUGUAAAUGUUGAAGGAUAAAAUUAUUUAUUGUUCUGGCUUGUGCGCAGUGAUAAUGGAUAGAUGAAGUCUAGAGGAAUUAGGGAAUUAGGAAGCAGCUAGGUCAACCUGGAAGUACACAUUUGUUUUUUUUUUAAUCGUAUUAUGUUUAUUUGUUUACUAUUUUGUAAGAAGGUUUACAUCAUGUAUUUCACAGAGAGCAGCUUCUUCUCUUUUGUCUUUACUUUUUAAUUUUUUUUCUUUUUUUUUAAUUUUAUUUAUUUAUUUUUUUUUAUUUUGACAUUUGCACCAAGAGUACAUUGUGUUUACUUUUAAUAGAGGUGAAGGAAUGGGGUGGAUGUAUGUGUGGUUACUAGAUGUACACUGAAAACUGAAGAAUUACCGUGCCACUUGUUAAUAAUUGCUAUAAAUUUGACUGUAUUAAUUAAACCUCUUUUCUUGUACACACUUUGCCUGCCUUAAACUAAAAGCCAGUACAUCUGCCUGUUGAUAAUUGUCUCUUAUUGUACAUUAGUAAUACAGUAAUGCAGUUUGUUUGAGACUAAUGGGUUCUCAUUGUCUAUUCGGUAGUUCAGACAAAAACUUACUUAACUGUUGAUUGUACAGUGCUUUCGAUUAUUAGACCCAUGUCUUUUGCUGAAAUAGGUGAGUUUCUCAGCAAGUUUGCACAAAACACUGGCAGUUUGAAUAUCUGCUGUACCACAAAACCUGUCCCGGUACUUUUACAGCAUCCCAAUUAAUGUGCUUAGAUUGAAAGAUUGUUGUGAAUAUAUUGAUUAGCAGAGUUGCACUAGUUGGUCAAAGUGAAGCUUCCUUAAUUAUCUUGAUGGGUGACACAUUGCACGAAAAACCAAUAUGAAGUGUUUUGGUAAGCUGUUAGAGCCAGCAGAACAGCUUCAUUGCACCUUGGCACCUUGGUGAUUAGCGCCAUUUAAAACAAAAGAUAUUCCCUCAGCUGAUUUUUUAAUGAUGAUGAUGAUGAUGAUGAUGAUGUCGUCGCGUCUAACACGCCACUCCAAAAUCUCUCAUAGGUGUUCAAUUGGGUUGGUGAUCUGGUGAGUGUGAGGGACGUAGCAUAUGAUUUACAUCAUUUACAUCCUCAGUAAACCAUUCAGUGAGUCCUCGUGACCUGUACAUGAAGGCAGAGACAUCCUGGAAGAGACCACUCCCAUCAGGAUGGAAGUGUUCAUGAUAGGAAAAAGAUGAUCAGCCAGAAGAACUUUGCCACUGGUUUUUCCUUUGUCACCCAUCUGUAUGUUAGCUCCUGAAUUCCAUUUGAAGUAUUUUGUUUGUUUUUUGUUUCAUUUCUAAUCAUAAAUGCUUGAUCUUAGCCUGACUUGAAGAUGUUCCACAAAUAGUUUCCUAGACUGACCCGAGAUAUCUGGUUGAACCGUACACGUACAACCUGUAGUAUUAUUGGUUAGUCUGGAAUUGAACUUAUUAGCACUGUUGUAAAGUUAUCUUCAGGGAUUUUAAACACACUGAAAAACAAGGGAACUGAGAUUAGUAGAUGUGCUUUCCUUCCUUUUUGUACAACAAAACAUUUUUUACACCAUUAUUACAGGUGAAACAUGAUCUCCUAAUGGUUUAACCCACCCUGCUGUGCUCUGUUGUAUAUAAUUCAAUGAUCCAUAUCAGUAUUUAUUGUAUUUAUGUUCUAUUUAUGUUCAGCUGGGUCUGGGACUGAUUCUGCUUUUUCUUCCUGUUCUGUCAUCCAAAAAUUCUACACCACAGACAACCUCUUAUGCAAAUAUAAGAUGUAGUGUUUCUGUAUUGAUGCCUUUUGUUUUCUUUUGUCACUGAUACCAAUAAAGUAAGUUACCUAACACGUCACAUAUUGUUUUUAUGUGAAGAGUUUUAAGUGUAACCUGGCUCAAAUCUAGGUUCAAUCGAAUAACUACAACUGGGUCUGAUUUUAGCUCCUUUCUUGAUCUGGGUCCAAGGUGAGUUUAGUAUCUGGAUGGAACAAAUGCAUCACUGCCUAUGUCCGGGGUUUAUAAACUAGUCCAAAUACUGACUCAUUCACUAAUCCCAAAUUAAAAACCACAAGCUUGUAUUGGGCUUUUGACUU